AUGAAGGGUAUUCGAGGUUGUCUUAGGUGGGUGCGGUGGUGGCUGGUGGGAACAUAUGGUGUUGUUGGUGAAGACGGUGGUGGUGGAGGCAUAUGGUGGUGGCUCGGCGAUAGUUCCCAAAAUGUUCAAAACAUUGGAAGAGAUUCACUUUUAACAUCAGCCACCCCAAUCAAAGUUUUGAUUCUUGACUACAAAAAGGACUCGCUCGUGUAUGUUGCCGAGGUGUUGCGUUCUUAUUCAAUGGAAGUUACGUGCGUGGAUCAUUAUGGUGUGGCUUUAAAAUUGCUGACGGAAAAGAACAAUCAAUAUGACCUCGUCCUGAUAGAUAAGGAUAUCACUGGUCUGGAUAUACAUACAUUUCUUAGGCUGACACAGAACAUGGAUCUACUAGCCAUGGUGAUGUCUGAGAAAGAAAAUGAAGCUUUCAUGCAUGAAGUAUUCAAGAGUGGUGGUUUUCGUGUCAUCAAGAGGCCAGUUACCGACGAUGCAGUGAGUCGUAUACGUCAGGAUGUUAUCCGAUACAGAAUGCAUAAGCAUGAACAAUUUCAAAAUAAAAAUAUGAAUACCAAAAAGGCAACACAAGAUGCGGAAAUACAAAAAAAUAGAAGUUCUAGUAUUAAAAACAAGGGUAAGAAGCGACUCCACCAAUCAUCCAAUGAUGAUGAUGAUUAUUAUGAUGUUGACGACGGUGAUGAUAAUGAAGAUGAUGAUUAUAAUUAUAAUUAUAAUGGUGGUACUAGCAUGAAGGAGAAGAUAUGUGUGGAGUGGACCAAAGAACUCCACGAGAAAUUCGUUUACGCUUAUAAUCAGCUUGAGGAAGGAAGGCGUUUUCCAAAGAAGAUACUUCAACUUAUGGGUGUCCUUGGGCUUACCCGAAUGCAGGUUGCAAGUCAUCUUCAGGUGUACAAGAAAUUCCUGAAAGAAAAACGGAAUUUCAAUGAAAAGAAAACAACUCAGGAUCGUGCAAUGCCUAGCAAUCUCAAUCCACGAGAACUCAAUGAAAAAAAGUUUGGGUGUAUGACAUCCUUACAAUUGAAUCAUGAAGAAAGCUAUACCCCGGUUGGUAUUGACAUGACACUCAAUGGAUGGCAGACACCAACUAAUUAUAUGGAGAACCAACCUUAUGGAUCUUCCUCUAUGAUGAACAUAUCUAACCAGGAGAACAUUGCACAACGGGUUGAGUAUACCCAAAUACCAUUUGAAAUGGAUCUUGAGUUAAACGAAGAUAACAUAUUUGGUGGAAGAAUUACUACAACACAUGGCUAUUUUCAGCGAACAAUACUAGGCUUACCUGAUUCUGGGCAAGGUUCUAAAAAUCACGACUCAUCAUCUGUUCCGCUACUAGAUUUGGACCAUAAGGAUACUAAUGGGGCAAGAAACGCAUCUAAUGAUGGAGUCGAGGCAUUUUAA